UAUGAUAGCUUGUUCCUGUACACGGCUGUCUAUUACCAUCAUAGUGCAGGAGGGUGACAAUGUGGUUAUCACUGCUGGCAGUUUGUGUUCUCUCGAGUCAACUUGGACCGAGCUCAGCAUUUAUGCGACAUGUACCUGCGGAUAAACGCACAGAAUUCAACAAAGCCAUUCGCGGACCUCUGCUGCAACAGGUUGGGCUUGAACUAAAAAACACAAAGUCUUCGAUUCAGGGCAUUUCUGCUGGCAUCGCUAAAUGCAAAGAUGUGAUCAAGCAAAAGUAUUUUGAUUGCGCCAAAUGCCUGAAAGACAAAUAUACAGAAAGCAAACCAACUAAAGUUUUGUCUAUCGACAAUGCUCUGAUGUCUCUCUGUAACAACAGCAAUGUUGAUUACGAAUUAUGUCAGAUAAUUAUAGAUCAGGACCAGCCAUUUCUAGAAUUCAUCCAACGAGCAACGAAAAAAGUUCAACAAACGAUGUUUUCUGUGCUCACACCUUCCAUCGAUGCUCCCCAAAUGCUACAAGUCUUCCAAGAUAUGUUGAAUGGGCCAUGGGCUUCAGCUGUAGCCGACAGCCUAAAAACAUAUGUUACAAACUCUAAAAAUAACUUGUCCGCUCAGGGAAAACAAGCAUCAGUGAGGCGGAAGAGAUGGACUAAUUAUAUGAAGUCUGUCGUUGACAAAAUUCCUAAAGAAGUACAAAAACAAAAUCCAGAAAUUGCGUCACAAAUCAAGAAAUAUAUGAAGAUGGCAAAGGAAUUUUCAGGAAUGUCGAUUCCAAAAGUAAAACGGUCAGCCAGAAAGGAGACUGCUAAAGAACGUAAGAGGACGAAGCGCUGGAUUCAAAUGGUCUCAGGAAUCAUGAAAAAUCUAAAUGUUGCUAACGGAACCCAGAUAUCGAGCAUGUUGACAAAAAUACACCAUCAAAUACCAUUUGGUAUGCCUAGCAGGUUUAUGGGAGGUGCGAAGCAAGCUGCGACAGGAGAGUCUGAUACCCUCGAAUGUAGUGGAAGAGGAAAAUGCCGUCAGAUGAUAUCUACCUGUUCCGCUUCCUUCUCCUGUCCGGAGACUAACAAACCCUUGAUAUACGACGUUUGUGGAUAUGAUAUUUUACCUGAAGCUGGCACUGCCGUUAAUCGUUUGCAGCGUAUCAAAGAGAUAUUUGAUGCUGUCAGAACUAAAGGAAAUUUUAUUACAUCCAUUACUUACGCGAAUACUUACCAUGAUAAGUACCAAAACGUCCGGAUGUCUGCCAUCGUGCCUAGUCCAAAUAUCAUUAAUCUUCGUUCUAUGUAUAUCAACAUGAAGACAGCAGCUGCUGGCGCAGGGAGUGACGUUAUUAGUGGUCUUUUGCCGACCCAGCGAUCUCCUGUUUUCUAGAUCAGAGACAAGUUUUUUUUUUAUUAUACACAUUGACAUGAAGUUACUAUGUUGUAAUAACCCAUGGUGGCACGAACGUGUGCGGAGCAUGCACGAAAUCAUUAUUUCACUAAUGAGCUCAUAAUAGAUCGAGUGUUCGACUCCGUGUUGGGGAUAAGAAGAAUUACUCAUAACAAGAUCGUUUAAAUAUAUAUAUAACGCUGGACAUGUAAAUUGAAGAGAAAGUCACUGAAACAGGAGCGUGUGCUACCAACAGUAUAUAUAAAGGUGUGUCGGCUUUUAAUUUACAUAUUAAACGUAUUUAUACAUAAGUAAUUUU